CAUGUUGUUAUAGAGCGCAUGCGUGUUAUCUCAGCACGUGGACAUGGCCACUGAGGGCAAGAAGAAAAAGAAAAAGGGAAAAACCGUCGCUCUCAACGAGUUCCUAGGCGAGGAACCGUCGGGAGCGUUUGUCUCAUUUUCAACCUCUCAUACGUCGAAUUGGGCCGAAGAAAGCGAAGAUAUCAACCCGGAUUUGUCGAGUAAUCCGUGGUCGGAUGCGGCUGACUCACGUUCGACGCGCCAUCAGGCAGCAAUGGACCGGAGCAUGUUGCCCACUGCGCCUCGCGCGGCACGAGAACAGGCCGCGCUGGAUAUGAAUCGAUUACCGAAGGAACCGCCGUUUACUGCGUUUAUUGGCAAUUUGCCGUAUGAUUGUGAGAAUUCUGAUAUUGAAAUGUUCUUUGAGAAAGAAAAAUUGGCUGUGAAAUCUGUUCGGCUGCCAAAAGAUGUUUCUGGGAGACUGAAGGGGUUUGGGUACGCUGAGUUUGAGAAUGUGGCAGCUUUGGUUGAAGCUCUUUCACUCAAUAAUCAGUUACUGAAGAGCAGGAAAGUACGAGUGGAUAUUGCAGGUUCAACUCAAGGAGGAGGUGAUCGUGAUCGUAGUGACAGAGCAGAUUAUUCAUCUGGUGAGUGGCGACGUGGCGAGGACCCACCCCCUGACACACGACGUUUACGCAGAGGCGACUCGGGAGACGAUUACCAACGAGGAAGAGACAGACGGUAUGACGGAGACGAGUACGGACGAGGAAGAGAUAGAAGAUAUGAUUUCGAUGAUUAUGGAAGAGGAAGGGAACGACGACAUGAAUCAGACGACUAUGGGGGACGAGACAGAAGGUACCAAGAAGAUGGCGAUGGAUAUGGCAGAGGAAGAGACAGACGUUAUGGGUCUGGUGAGGGUUAUGACAGAGGAGACAGAGACGGAAGAGAUUACAACAGAGAUGAUGGUAGGAGAUCUUGGAGACGAGAUGACGAACGUGACAGAACGACAUCUGGUGAUCGAUUUGAGAGAAAAGAAGCUCCACGUGAACGUCCCCGUCUACAGCUGAUGCCUCGUUCAGUAUCCAAUGAAGGUACUGACGUUUCUCCAUCUUUGUCAUCUCCUAACCAAGCAUCAAUCUUUGGCUCUGCCAAGCCUGUUGACACGGCAGCAAAGGAAAGACAGAUUGAGGAACGUUUGCGUCAUGAAGAAGAACGGAAGAAGCCACAAGAGGAAGAAAGAAAGAAGCAGGAAGAAGAGGAUAAGACAAAGAAACAGACAUCAGUCUUUGGAGCCGCAAAACCUGUCGAUACAGCAGUGAGAGAAAGGGAGAUUGAAGAACGACUGAGGCAAAAGGAAGAGGCAAAACUGGAAGGAGAUGAAAGGAAAGACGGAGACAAAGGAAAGAGAAGACCGGAAGGGAGAGGAUUAGGACCAGCAUGGAGGAGUGAAAGGGACAGAGAAAGAGACAGAGGAAGACGAGGUAGAGGCAGAGAUGAUGGAAGAAGAGACGACACACGAGGCGACAGACGAGAUGAGAGGCGUGACGACAGAAGAGAAGAACAAAAGGAUGAGAGGCCUGCAGGAGAGAGACAAGGUGUGAGUGGGGAGAAGGACGGGAAAGGAUAUGAAGAGCCACAACAGGAGUUUAGCAUGCCAAGCAAAUUUUCAGCUCUUUGUGUUGAUGACGACGACGAUCAACUAGCAGAUGCUGACCAAUCACCCGACAAGUCACAAUAAACCUUCAUGGUUGGUCAUGGUCAUACCUCAUAGUCAUCAUGUUGUUUCUGUGAUUAUAUGUACAACCGGUACUCCCCCCCCACAAAUACACUGGAUUGUAUUGUUUCUGAAGUUUAUUGAUUCGUAAAGAAAUCUAUGUUGUCUCUCCAGAUAAACGACACGUUUACGUUUACACAACCACACGUGCACAUCAACAAUAUAAAUACCUAAUUAAUAUUAACAAUAUA